GGGACGUAUCAUUGGCUGCGCGCCUGCGCCUGCGCCUGCGCCACCCGUGACGCAAAAGCCAUGCUCCUUCAGCUCUGCGCCGCUCUGGUCCUUCUCCUCGUGCCCGCUCACCGCGGGGCCGCGGCCACCGGCGGCGGCAGCGACGGCCACCAGUUCGUCUACAACGGCUUCGCGGGCGCGAGCAUGUCCCUCGAUGGCUCGGCCGAGGUGACGCCGAACGGCCUCCUCAUGCUCACCAACGGCACCAUCCAGAUGAAGGGCCACGCCUUCCACACGGACCCCCUGCCGUUCGGCGGCGCCGCCCAGAAGCCGCGGUCCUUCUCGACCACCUUCGUGUUCGCCAUCUACGGCCCGUACGUCGACCUGAGCAGCCACGGCCUGGCGUUCUUCGUCUCGCCCGACAAGGAACUGCUAUCCACCGCGUUGCCGGGCCAGUUCCUGGGCCUGCUCAACACCACCUACAACGGCAACCGGAGCGCCCACAUCUUCGCCGUGGAGUUCGACACGCUCCUCAACGCCGACUUCCACGACAUCAACAGCAACCAUGUCGGGAUCGACGUUAACAGCCUCAGGUCGAUCGCUGCCGCUGACGCCGGGUACUACGACGAUGGCACGGGGCGGUUCCGGAACCUGAGCCUGGUAAGCCGGAAGGCCAUACAGGUCUGGGUGGACUACGACGGCGAGGCCACGCAGGUCACCGUGACCAUGGCCCCUCUGGGCGUGCCCAGGCCGAAGAAGCCGUUGCUGCAGACCGCCGUCGACCUUUCCGGUGUGAUGCGGGGCACGGCGUACGUGGGGUUCACGUCGGCGACGGGCGUCCUCUUCUCACGCCACUUCGUGGCCGGCUGGAGUUUCGCGCUGGACGGACCCGCCCCGCCGCUGAACGUCGCGGCGCUGCCUGGCUUGCCGCCGGCGGGGUCCAAGCCACGGUCGAAGGUGUUGGAGAUCGUGCUGCCCAUAGCGUCGGUGACGCUGUUGCUCGCCGUGGGCGUCUCGAUUUUCACCCUGGUGCGGCGGCGGAUCAAGUACACCGAGGUGCGCGAGGACUGGGAGACAGCGUUGGGGACGCACCGGUUCUCCUACAAGGAACUGUUCCAUGCGACCAAGGGAUUCAGCGAGAAGCGACUGCUCGGGAAAGGAGGGUUUGGAAGUGUGUACAAGGGCGCUCUCCACAAGUCCGGCAUGGAGGUCGCGGUGAAGAAGGUGUCUCAUGAGCCAAAGCAUGGCAUGAAGGAAUUGGUCACAGAGGUUUCAAGUAUUGGACGACUGCGUCACCGCAACCUCGUGCAAUUACUUGGCUACUGCCGGCGCAAAGGUGAACUUCUCUUGGUCUACGAUUACAUGCCAAAUGGUAGCCUAGACAAAUACUUGUACGAUCGGAGCAAGGGUACACUGGAUUGGCCUCAGAGAUUUCAUAUCAUCAGAGGAGUGGCAUCUGGACUACUAUACCUCCAUGAGGAUUGGGAACAAGUUGUGGUUCACCGAGAUGUCAAGGCAAGCAAUGUGCUCCUCGACAGCGGGAUGAAUGGACGACUAGGAGAUUUCGGACUCGCAAGGUUGUAUGGACAUGGAGACGAUCCCCAAACAACCCAUGUGGUUGGUACUAUGGGGUACCUAGCACCUGAAUUAGGGCACACCGGCAAGGCAACUCCAGCAGCUGAUGUGUUCUCCUUCGGUGCAUUCCUUCUAGAAGUCACUUGCGGGCGAAGGCCGGUCGGGGAAGAUGAGCACAAGAACUGCGUCGUGCUUGUGGAUUGGGUAGCUGAGCAUUGGCGCAGGGGUUUGAUCAUUGAUGCGGCGGACACGAUGAUCCCGAGUGGAUUUGAUCCUGAUGAGAUCACUCUAGUACUUAAGCUAGGGUUGAUGUGCUCGCACCCAUUACCCAACGCAAGGCCAAGCAUGCGGCAAGUCAUACAGUAUCUCGAUGGUGAUAUGCCCCUUCCCAACUUGUCAUCAACAUCCCUAAAUUUUACCAUGCUGGGCCGGAUGUAUGGCACGGAUUUCAACCAGAAUAUGAUCUCGUAUCCUUCGUCCGACCAAGGCCUCGCCUUCGUGGUCGCCCCGACCACCGCCCUCUCCGCGGCGAACGGCGGCGCGCAGUACCUGGGCCUCAACGUGAUCAACGACGGCUCGGCGAGCGACCACUUCCUGGCCGUCGAGCUCGACACCAUCAUGAACCCCGAGUUAGGCGACAUCGACAGCAACCACGUCGGCGUCGACGUCAACAGCCUCGUGUCUCAGCGAGCCAGCUCAGCCGGCUACUACAACGACCGCGCCGGCGGCGCCUUUCAAGAACUGAGGCUAAACAGCCGUGAGCCGAUGCAAGUGUGGGUGGACUACGACGGCCAGGCCAGGCAGCUCAAUGUGACCCUAGGUCCGGGGCGAGUGCCAAAGCCCAAGAGACCUCUUCUCUCCAUGAACAUUGAUCUUUCGACGGUCGUCGCCGAUCCGGCGUACAUUGGCUUCUCGUCGACGUCCAGUAUCAUGUUGACGAGCCACUACGUGCUCGGAUGGAGCUUCUGCUUGGACGGGCCAGCUUCUCCUCUGGACUUCUCCAAGCUUCCGUUCCUGCCGCCCGUGGGUCCGAAGCCUCGGUCCAAGGUGUUCGUUGUCGCGCUGCCACUCGCCAUCGCCUUGCUAGUGAUUGCAGUGGUAGCAGCCGUCUUCCUGAUCCUACGGAGAAGGCGCCGGUAUGCCGAGGUGCGGGAAGAUUGGGAGGAUGAGUUCGGCCCGCACCGGUUCUCAUACAAAGAUUUGUUCCAUGCCACCGAUGGCUUCAAGGAUAGCAACUUACUUGGCGUCGGAGGGUUCGGGAGAGUAUACAAAGGGAUACUUGCGCCAUCCAAUUUGGAGAUCGCGGUGAAGAAGGUGUCACAUGAUUCGAGACAAGGAAUCAGAGAGUUUGUCGCUGAGGUGGUGAGCAUUGGCCGCAUCCGGCACCGGAACCUCGUGCAGUUACUGGGCUACUGCAGGCGUGAAGGUGAACUUCUCUUGGUGUACGACUACAUGGCAAAUGGCAGUCUUGAUAGACACUUACAUGAUCAGCAAUCGCCAGCACUUUCUUGGAAUGUGAGGUACAGGAUCAUCAAAGGCGUUGCAGCAAGCCUCCUGUAUCUACACGAGUACUGCGAGCAAGUUGUUAUCCAUCGAGAUGUAAAAGCGAGCAAUGUGCUCUUGGAUGGCGAGAUGGACAGUAAGCUCAGCGACUUCGGCUUGGCCAAACUGUAUGACCAUGGCACCGAUCCUCAGAGCACACACGUUGCCGGGACCAUAGGGUACCUUGCGCCAGAGCUCAUACGCACGGGGAAGGCAACACUUAACCGAUGUGUUUGCAUUUGGUGUGUUCCUCUUGGAGGUCGCUUGUGGACGGAGGCCGAUCGAUCACGAUGACCGCAACAGUCGGAUCGUGCUGGUAGAUUGGGUGAUCGAGCAUCAUGACAAUGGCUCAAUCCUCGACGUCGUGGAUCCACGGCUCGUGGGGAAGU